AUGGAUUUGGAAGAAGGGGGAGACUCACCUUGGGGCGAUGUCCCUUCUCAAGCUCAAUCGACACCAAGCUUACCCAAACCCGAACAAUCCGCUACAGAAGGAGAAAACCCCGAAUCCGCAUCGCAAACUCUUGCCCCGCCAGCUUCACAAGGCAAAACACAUGCAGGACGUACAAUACGAACCCCUCGGCGCGCUGGAGCACAACCGGUUCGACUUCAAGCUUUAGAUGAUUCUUUGGGGCCACUAGGACCAUUGGGUGACAAUGCGCCAACAUCGAAAGCCGACGAGCCUCCUGCGCCACCUCAGAAAGAACAAACUGUUACCCAUAAUCUGCGACAACCAUUAGCUUCAGCGCAAAGCUCUACUAUAAGUCGAAGUCUGUUGGAUUCAGUGGAUUUGAAUGAGGAUGUUGAAUCCAGUACUGGACCUCGCAUACCACCUCCUGUUCAACCAUCUCAAAUAGGUUCGGUUCGAAGAGAGUCAACACCUAGUGUGAGCAUCGAACAAGCUGCCAAACCUACUUUCAAUAUUACAGUCGGGGAUCCACACAAAGUUGGAGAUUUGACCAGUUCUCAUAUUGUGUACUCUGUUGAAACAAAGACAUCCUCUAAAGCAUAUCGUCAACCGGAAUUUACUGUCACUCGAAGAUAUAGGGACUUUUUAUGGCUUUACAACUCUUUACAUGCAAACAACCCUGGUGUUGUUGUACCUCCACCUCCUGAGAAACAGGCUGUAGGAAGAUUUGAUACAAAUUUUGUUGAAUCUAGGCGUGCUGCAUUGGAAAGAAUGCUUAAUAAAACAGCUGCUCAUCCAACGCUUCAACAUGAUGGGGAUUUGAAAUUGUUCUUAGAAAGUGAGGCUUUCAAUGUUGAUGUCAAACAUAAAGAACGAAAAGAACCUGGACUUGGUGAGAGCAAAGGCAUGUUCAGUGGACUUGGUAUUUCUGUUGGUGGAGGAGGAAAAUUCGUUGAACAUGAUGAUUGGUUCCACGAGCGACGCAUUUAUUUGGAUGCUUUGGAGAAUCAGCUUAAAGCUUUGUUGAAAGCUAUGGAUGUUGUGGUUACCCAACGUAAAGGUCUUGCUGAAGCUGCAGGUGAUUUCUCUGGUUCUCUUCGAGCACUCUCAGCCGUUGAGCUCUCUACAUCAUUAUCCGGACCCCUUGAAAGUCUUGCGGAUUUACAAAUCAGAAUUAGGGAACUUUAUGAUCGACAAGCACAACAAGAUGUAUUGACUUUGGGUAUCACCAUUGAUGAAUAUGUUCGUUUGAUUGGGAGUAUCAAACAAGCAUUCGGUUCACGUCAAAAAGCAUGGCACUCAUGGCAUGCAGCAGAGGGUGACUUACAAAAGCGUAAGACUACCCAAGAGAAAUUAUUACGCCAAGGGAAAUCACAACAAGAUCGUUUGAAUCAAAUGCAAGGAGAAGUUGCCGAUUCUGAACGUAAAGUUCAUCAAGCAAGAUUAUUGUUUGAGGAUAUGGGACGUCUCAUGAAAUCCGAACUUGAUAGAUUUGAACGUGAAAAGGUUGAGGAUUUUAAGAGUGCCGUGGAGACAUUCUUAGAAAGUGCUGUGGAAGCUCAAAAGGAGCUUAUCGAACUUUGGGAAACGUUCCUUAUGCAACUUGAUGCUGAAGAAGAUGAACAAUUAUUUUAUAAGCCACCUGUGGAACCAGCGGCACGUCCUUCUUCAGAAACUGGAAUCUCAGGUGAAACUGCUACAGACUCACAAGCUGCAGCUGUAGCAACCGCUGAAGAAGAAGAUUAA